AAAGGAGAGCGUAAUCUCGCUUAAAUGGUCCCCCACCACCACCCCUUUCCCUCCUCAACCCAACCCAACGCAGCCCCAAGUCAAGUCCAUCUCACUCGCUCGCCAAUGUCCAUCACCACGUCCUCCUCCCCGCCCACGAUCCUUGACAUGCUGGCCUCCGACGUUGCCAGCAAUGGCGAGCGCGCGGCAAGGCGGAGUCGUCUGCUGUUGUGCGCCAACUACGUGGCCCUGCUCGGCGGCUCCGUGGCGUCCAGCCUGCUGUCCCGCUACUACUUCGCGCACGGCGGUCGCGAUCGGUGGGUGGCAACGCUGGUGCAGUCGGUCGGGUUCCCGGUGCUGCUUGUGCCCGUCUACGCCGGCCGGUCCGCCGGGGAGCCCCAGCCGUUCGCGUGGUUCACAAGGCGGCUGCUCAUGGCGUGCGUGGUCAUCGGGGUGCUCAUGGGGGUGAACAACCUGCUCUUCUCGUACAGCUCGUCGUACCUGCCCGUGUCCACCUCGUCGCUGCUGCUGUCCACGCAGCUCGCGUUCACCCUCGUGCUCGCCGCCAUCAUCGUGCGCCACCCCUUGACCUUCUCCAACCUCAAUGCCGUUGUGCUCCUCACCCUCAGCUCCGUGCUGCUGGCGCUGCGAUCGUCCGACUCGGACUCGGGCGAGCAUCCUGACGGGGGGAGCCGGGCUAGGUACUUCAUAGGCUUCGCGGUGACCCUGGGCGCGGCGGGGCUCUUUGCUGCCUACCUGCCCGUCAUGGAGCUGCUGUACCGCAGGGCGGUGUCCGGCGGGUUCAGGAUGGUGGUGGAGGUGCAGGUGGUCAUGCAGGCCGCGGCGACGGCGCUGGCGGUCUGCGGGCUGGUGGCGGCCGGCAGGUGGAGCGAGGAGCUGGCGCGGUGGGACCGCUCGCCGGCGGAGUACUGGGCGCUGGUGGCUGCGCUGGUGGCGACGUGGCAGGCAUGCUUCAUGGGCACGGCCGGGAUGGUGUACCUCACGUCGUCGCUGCACAGCGGCGUCUGCAUGACCGCGGUGCUCACCGCCAACGUCGUCGGCGGUGUGGUCGUGUUCCGCGAUCCGUUCGACGCGGAGAAGGCCAUUGCCACCGUCAUCUGCGUCUGGGGCUGCUGCUCCUACCUCUACGGGGAGUACAGCACGCGGCAGAAGAAGCAGGAAGGUGACGGCAAGGUGGCCGCCGCGUCCACUGGAGGCGACUCGGACCUCCUUCUCGAUGUUAGAAACAACUUUCAAGCAAUCACAAGCAAUGCACAUGGAUUGUGUGUCCUGUGCCUCAAGAACUGUCGGAUCCUCCUGAAGCCCUUCAAAGAUGACCGCCGAGGCACCGAGGUAGUCCCCCUCCUUGUUCCUACAAACCACCGGUGACGCACCUCGGUCGCCAAUCUUGGAGAAGCCCCCAUCAGCGUUUAUCUUGGCUGCAUGCUUCACCGGCGGACACCACUUUGGCAGCAGCUGCACACGGGAAAGAUCAGUUAUAGCAUGCACAUCCUCUAUCGUUCCAUGCAGGUCCCUGGUACGCAACCGACGCUCUUUUGCAUGGUUCAUCGGUGGGGGAAUCAUCUCCAGAUCAGCCAGGAACUUGUAGAUAAACACGUGUGUGCUUAACGGGCUGUGAAACAGUUCGUCGUGGAUUGCUUUCCGACGUGCACAUCAAAUGGCCCACAUCGUCACAAGGACCCUAGCAAGGGUCGACGAGGGAAGCGUGUCUACCAACCAUAGCAUCGAAAGCUUUGCAUUGUCAAUCCGGUUCGACAUAACAGUCUCGGUAAGAUCCUCAUCCUCCAAGGCCCAGACACAACGUACCAUGUGGCAGUCUAAGAGGGCAUGACGCCAUGUAUCUACCGCCGCGUGAUAUAGCGGGCACUCUGUUGUUUCCGCCAUGCUCCCGUUCUUGCGUACUUCGCUGGUCGGGAUCGAUGUUCGUGCUAACCUCCACGCAAAAACCUUGACCUUAAACGGAA